AUGGUCCAUAAAGCUAUGCUGCACAGGACAUAUAGGGCGCUUAUGUGCCCAAAAGUGCUGACGGCCUUGUCGCUGCUGACUCUGACACUGCUGACCAUCCGGGCGUACUUCCACCUGCUUCAGUUCGACUACCAGCUUGUGUCACGUGACUUUGGCAAGUUGAAGUCGAGAGUAACGAGUGUGUUGAGCUCAAGCAGUGUUCGAAGCGAUCGGCCGGGUCUGUCUGACGAUAUGGGGUUGAUCAUAGACAGUCCGAAAGAUUACAGGAGGUCGCGGUUUUCGUUGGAGUACCGUGGAUAUACGGAUGCAUUUCCGAGCGAUAUCACGUACUGGUCAUGGAGGUUUGACACGACUCUGCGGUACUGGAUAGGAUACAGUUUGAUGAAGGAUUUGCUAUUCCGAGCAUCUAGGAAAAUCUCGAAUUUAGCGGAGCUUUUCGGGGAGGAAAAUAAUGAAGGCCAGAUUCUGAAGACCUAUGACUACGAUCCUAGACUAAGUACUACGGUUUACUACGGCUAUAUUUCUUCACGCUUGAGCGACGGCGCGAAGCUUGAAGACAUUGCUGUUCCGUUUAGUUGGUAUGAUUGGGUCGAUAUGUCGAUUUUGAAUGAAUUUAUUGAGUUGCCACUGUCUAAGAAGCCUACUAGCGGCUGGGUUGUUAAUAAGUUUCUGCCAGUGGAACAACUACUCGAAUUUGAAAGUGCAUUUGGUCAUGAAUUAUUCACUUAUGACCGUGAACACGCAUUAUCGCAGGACUAUUUUAUAUCUAACACCAAACUUUUGCAUGGUGAUACAGGGACUGUGAGCGAAAGUAACCUGAAGAAAGGCGCUAUAUGUGUUGACAGCAAGAGUCCGUUUAUGCCUGGAUUUGAAUGCAGUGCAGUUUACGAAGAAGCUCGGCCCGAGGUAUGGAGAUUUCAGACGCGGUCAAAGUUGUACUCUUAUGGACCUAAACCUAUUUCGAUGGUUUUUUUAAAUAAGGAAGGGCCAGCUCUGCAGGUUUCGAUUUCCGAUGAUCCGCUAAUAAGUAGUAAUAACAAGAAGCCUGCAAAUCUGCUUUUCAACGGUAUGUUAGAGGAGCAUUUAAAGAAGAAUGUUCAGAAAUAUCCCAAGCUGCCAAAAAAAGACCUAUUUUUUGACAAUAUAAGAGAAUUUGAGGAAUUACUCAAAGAAGCAAGCUCUGCUGGUGUGGAUCUAACUGAUAUGGAGUUACCGUUUUACAAGAAUCUAACGGGUGACAUGUUUGAAUUCGAUGCUGUAAAGAGAUUAGAGGAACUGAAGGCAACCCCUAACUUAAGUGAGCAACAAAAGCACUACAUGGAGUCCUUGGAGUAUUCAUUGAACACGCAUUAUGCAUACUUGGAUAAAUUCUUUAAAGAGGCCGGUAAUUGUCGUGACUAUGUUCACCUCGGUCAUCAUUUUGAUGCGAAAUUUUUCAACGGUGCCAUAGAACCACAUGAAGUGCGCUCAGCUUUGGAUGCAAUGGUGCGAGCGUGGCUUGCCUUUACGAAUAAUAACAAUGUGACUUCAUGGCUGUCACACGGAACCCUUUACGCCUGGAUGUACAAUGGUAUGGCUUUCCCAUGGGACGGUGACCAUGAUAUGCAAAUGCCCAUUGCGGAGUUAAACAGGCUUGCCGAACACUACAAUCAGUCCAUAAUUGUUGAGGAUCCGCGCGUUGGUAAUGGACGGUAUUUCCUGGAUGUGACCUCAUCAAUAACUAGUCGUAUCCAUGGUAAUAAUAAGAAUAAUAUUGAUGCGAGAUUUAUUGACGUCAAUACUGGGCUAUAUAUUGACAUUACGGGACUAAGCGUUAAUAACGAGGGUGUAAAAGAUCGGCUAGCCUGGUUAGUGCAUAAGUUUAGAGUUGAACAUGAAAAAGAUGCAGUUAAGUUCAAAGAUCCUAACGCCAUAGCGAAUGUUAAUGAUAUGCCUCCUCUGGCACUAAUAGAUAUUGAAAAGGCAAAGAAUGGUGGGAAAAUAUCAGAAGAUCGUCUCAAGUAUCUGAAGAAUUUGGAUAAGGAUAUUUACGAAGCUGGAGGGAAUUUUAAACAUAUUCCAGCUGAAGACCGGUACAGCAUUAAUAAACAUAUUCAAGUUUACACUUGUAGGAACAAACAUUCGACCGCAUUAUGGGAAUUGGCUCCCUUGCGAUUAACAUAUUUCCACGGAGCUCAAGCUUAUGUUCCUAAUUUAAUCUUAAAGCUAUUGAGGGCUGAGUACGCCGUUAAGGAUGGUUACAUUUUUGCCGAGUAUAAAGAUCAUAAGUUUCUACCGGCUAUAAGAUCCUGGAUUACGGAUAAAGAUGUUAGUGUAGCACUCAAUUCUGACGGGAAAUCAGUAUUUGCUGAUUACAAGAUUCCCGCAUCACGUAUCUCAGUAAUGCCUAAAAAUGAUUUAGACAAAUUCAUGCACAAUUUUGCCUCUGACCCGAGGUUGUUGGACUCAUUUGCUACAUUGUGGAACUCUUACGAUAUCACACGUUUCAGGAAAAAGGAAAUUGAGUUGACUUAUGAACGGUUACAACCUUUGGUGAGUGAUAAACGCCUUGAGUUCUUCUUACAAGGACCGAUGCUUAAUCCAAUUUAUAAAGACUCAUUUCAGUGGAAAAUGGAAACUCAGAUUUUUAAAGACAUAGUGGACAGAAACGCUUUGAGUUUCGGUUUAGGUGACGUUUUCGCAUGGAACAGACGUCUGGCACAGUGGAUGUUAGAAGAGAAUGAGGCAGCUGAUGAAAAGCAAUCUAAGUGGUACAUGCAAGACGACCGUUGGCGAGACCACAGAAUAGACUACAGUAAGAUGGGACGCUUCUUUUAUUCUACUGGAGACCUAAAUGACAAUGAUAUCUUCCGCGGCGAUCCCGUUCCAAAAGGAACUAGCUUAAAUAGGAUGUAUCACAUGCAUGAAGAGAAUAGGUUCAGAACGAUAGUUGAAGCUGAGAAGAAGAAGUCAGAGGAACACCAACGUCUGCGGAAUGAAGCAAUUAAGAAAGAAGAGGAACGGCUCAAGAAUGAAGAGGAACGGCUCAAGAAUGAAGCCAUGAAGAAAGAAGAAGAAAGGCUCAAGAAAGAACAGGAACGGCUCCAGAACGAAGCAAUAAAGAAAGAACAAGAAAGGCUUAAGAAUGAAGAGGAACGACUCAAGAAUGAAGCGAUGAAGAAAGAAGAAGAAAGGCUCAAGAAAGAACAGGAACGGCUCCAGAACGAAGCAAUAAAGAAGGAGCAGGAAGGACAUUGA